CUGAAGUGUAGCUGAUCCAAAAGAUGUCACGCAAGCAUGUAGUAUCGGGCCUCCUUGUGGCUUUGCUGUUUGUCAUUAUGUACAUGAUCAUGUUCGACCGCCAACGCACAAAUAGACUGCGUUCUUCAACAUCGCAGAUGAGUGUGUUAGAGUUUGAACUCUCACCUAACGAGAACAAGUUUAAGGAGUUCGAGAUUCCGAGCGAGAGAAAGAUGGAGGCUAAGGGACAGCUCGAUCAUAGCUCCAAGGAGUCGGAGGUCAUAGACGGUCCUAGUCUGGAACACGAAGUGGCGCGCCGGGAGUUGGAGCGCGUGCCGGAUGAGUUAAACAUGUACCUACAUGCCAAGCUAACGCAGAUACAGAAGAAGGUCUCCGACCCUAACCUCGUGAAAGAGGUCAACAACAUCAUCGAGAUAUCAGGGGAUAUAUACAAAAAGUUGAAGAGUGACCAAAACAAGUUUGCCAACGCGGUGGAUGGUGCCGGGGAAUGGCGCAAGCGAGAAAACCUUCGGCUAACUGAUCUCGUACAGAGAAGGCUGGAGUAUGUUCAGGCGAGUAGUGGUAUAUACUAA